AUGAUAGUUGGUAUGAAAGGGGACGUGUGCAAACAGAGAUUAGAGCAAGUUCACCACAGCCACUUUCUAGGCUCUGUCCUACUCAUAUCAGUCACUGAUAGAGGCAAUGGGCAGGUGAAUGUUACCUGUGUUUCAGAGGGUUGGUCUCCACAGCCCACUAUCAUCUGGAGAAAGAGAGGAAUUGAGAUUAAAAAAGGCUUUAAUGAGGCUCAUUACAAGGAUGACCAGGGUUUGUUGACAGUGAGCUCCUGGAUGCUUGUCUCACCCUCGGAUUCAGACGCACUCUCCUGCUCUGUGGGUCUGCCUGAUCAACAGAGGAUGGAGAGCAGGGUGGCUCUGCACCUGUCAAGAGAACAGACAUGCACCCCAACAGGAGCUUGGAAAGAUGUUGUCAUUGCUAUUCUAGCAAUUUGUCUCAUGGUGGUUGGCAUAUAUCAUCUACACAAAAAAGGUUUAAUUAAAUGGCCUCUCUCUCAGAAGACCAGUGGAGGAAAAGAGCCCACGGAUGAAGAAAGCACUAAAUUGAAAGAAGAUGAGGAGACGCAACCUAGAGGUACUACGAGCUCUAAGAGUGAAAUUGAUUCCAAUAAAAACCUCCAGAGAAACCCAAAGGGGACGACAAAGGGACAAACACAGAAGUAG